CGCUUGAGUUUGUUCUGAUAGUUGGUCAGUGUUGGUAUACCUGAAAAACUUAUAUUUUAAUUUAAGUGAUAUUUGUCUACAAUGGUGUUACAUUUUUGAUUUCUAAACAUCGAGGAGUUGAGAGCUUCGUUCUCUAGGUGGUGGCCGAGACCUCGUAGCAAUGCCUGAGAGGUAGCUCCCCAGACAUGCUUUGGGCCACUCUGUUCCUUAUCAAUGGAGCAAGUUUUGUUGGGUCUAUGCCAUCAGCAGGAUCGCCAGAAAAUAUAACCAUAAUGUUCCUCAGUCCAACGUCAGUCAAAGUGUCGUGGCACACGUCCAUAGACCAUGUAGAGAAGUACGAUGUCACGUACAAGCCAACAGACGCCAGUUACAGGGUAGUGGCAGUAGUCGCAGGCAACUCAGAUUCCGUCACGCUGAGUGGUCUGAUGGCCGACACGCAGUACCAGAUCACAGUGACGGCCGUGCGCGACGGCAAGAAGUACAAGAGCAGACCCAUAGUGUUCAGAACGUUAGAGUUACCCAGAACGAACGAGGUACAAAUCACACCCCCGGGGGUCAGAGGGGGGGGCCCGCGAGGAGUGCCCCCCCUUACCAACAUGCCCCCAACUUAUAUACAGGUGCGUGGGGUGGAGGUGGGCAUUGUAGUGCUAGUAUUGAUGGUCUGGGUAGCAGCCAUCAUUUUGUUCUUCAACCGCUGGGGGAAGAUCCGAAUGCUGCUACCUUACCAACCAGACUACAAGGAGACCCAACUCAAGGUGACCAAGGUGCCGGGUACUGGAGCCUGUGCUGCCGCCCAAGCAUGCCAGAGCACUCAAGGCAACACAUUCUGUUGCUCACAGAGACACCUCCAUCACUUCGGGAUGGAUGACCCGGUUCCAGGCUGGAGAUCCCGAUUGUCUCGGUCUCGUAUCAACUCUGCCGUUUACAUUGCGCACUCGUCAGCAGAGAGGGAUCCUCUAGUGCCGCCUGAGCACGCAGUCACCAUGCGUCGCACAGUCAGUGCGGGUAACUUACGGGAGCGCGACCAUGACAGCCGAGAUUGUGACUUCACGCGGCAAGACUCUGAGCCUGCGGGACAUCGUUUUGAACUACCCGUCCUCUCCAUCUCUGAAGCCUCGGAGAAACCUUUUGUUGAACAACACUUGUAGAAACUUACAACAUUGAGUGGUAGAAAAACUCAACUAAUUAAUUUUUUAAUAGUUCCAGUUUCAACUUCUUAGCUCAUGUGAUUUCCUGUUGAUUCAUGUAAGACAUCAAGACAUUUAGAUUAUCAAGACCAAACUAUGGUAUUUUAAAACCAAAAUUUACUUGAAUGUAUGUAUUCCUUGUAAAUAGAGUAGGAUGUUACAAAUCUCUCCCCAUAGAUAUUUUAGUUUUUGUCAGUUAAAAAUUAUUUUAACUUUGUAAAUAAUAAAUAAAAAAAGUUUUGCAUCAACAAAUCGUCAUUCAAAUAUGAUUUUGACGUUAAAUUAAAAGAUAACGUUGUUUGUGAUUUUCAGUCUCUUUUUAUACUAGUAUCUUGCAUACAACUAAACUACAACUAUGAUAAAUACAGUAUUAAGGAAAACUAAAGCCAAUUAAAAACCGUAUCAAUAGUUGUAUAAAGCACUAGAGCCACAUAUUAUUUUCCCACUUUAAAACUUAAACCCUGUAAACCAUUUUUUAAGUGAUAAUUUAAUGACUAUGCAUAUCAUGCUAAGAAGGUGAAACGGAAUAAUAUCUAUGGUUUCCAAUGUAGUACCUGUUGUUUUUUUUGUAUAAAUGUACAGUAAAAAUCAAACUACACCUAUCAAGGAGAAUGUUAUUUAAGGAAUAGGAUUUGUGAAUCCUGGAAAACUGUAAUAUAUAUUUUUAGGAUUUAAGUUAUGUUUCUAUUGCAUUUUUUUAUUUAUAUUGAGUUAUUUUUACAUUUUUUGUUACCAAACAACAUUUUACAAACUUUUUAGUCUACAAAAAACUAAGAAAUACAUAGUUAAACUGUUACUGGUACCAUUUAAGUUCAAUUAUGUUUUGAUAUAUAUCCAACACGAUUUGCAUGGAUUGUAGAUGAUGGUUAUAUUUACAGGCACAGAUAUUUAAAAAAAAAACUUCAGUUCAGUUAAAGCCAACCACACAUUCUGAAGAACACAUUAUUUUUUGUCAAGUUUAAUGAAAUUACGGUUUGAAGAUCAAGAGAUAACAAUUCAAGAAACAGGUUGAAUAGCUUGAAAUACAAUCGAUGCUCUUCAAGAUCUUAUACCUGUAAAGUACAAUGUCUAAAAUGAGAUCCUACAUUUCACAAUUUAGCCAAAAGUAUAUUACAAUUAAAGUGGUUUAAAUACCUGUAAUGUCGACAAUCCCAAGUGGUUGUGAAACAACUAGUUUCGGCUCAUAACGGAGCCAUCUUCAGGUUUUCCAAGGACAUUAUCACUUCUUCCAAAGGUCGUCAAAGUUCACAAAUAAUUUACAUACAUGAAAAACAUUUAAAAACACGUAACACACAUGCCUAGGCCUAGCUUUAACGACGUGACCGGCGGGAGUUUACGUCUAGACUACCGGGCACUAUAUUGACAUUAAAUACACUAGGUGCCCGGUAGUCUAGUACCCGGUAGUGAAUGUGCUUCUGGUUUAUUUUGAAAACCUCUUAACCACUUUUUCACCCAACUCGUUGUGGACUACAUAUUCGAUGCUAAGAUCUAACUGUAAAUUAACUGUUUCACUAUAUUACUCAGUUGUCCAAAAAAAUAUGCAAUAUUUCCCUAAUUGUACCUGAUACAGUAUUUAUGGUAAGAAUGCUGCUGGAAGAACCUAUUCCCUGAAAAAAGUAACGUAUUAUUUAACGAAGUUUUACAAACACGUAAUUACAUGCAAUCAGCUGAUUAUAUAUAAUAAGUCGUUGCAUCAAUUUCAGUGCCAAUGACAAUAAACGAAAACAUAACCUCUCUAAGAAGUGAUAAGUAGUGAUUGUUAGUAAUUAAAAACCAAAUUUGUAGUAGUUAAAAAACGGUUGUAGGUAAAGUAGUGUACGCAACUCGCGUUAAUAGUCAUUACGACCCUCGUAGAAGUUUUUAAGGCACUCGCCAAGGCUUGUGCCUUAAAUUUACUACUCGUGUCGUAAAGACUAACUUGACGCAAUCGUUGUGUAAACUACUAUAAAUAGGUACCACAUUUUUAAAUCAACCUUAAAUGUAGAUUUUGAAACUGUUGCAGUACCUGAAACUGAAGUUUUACAAAUAAUUCAUUUUAUGACUUGGCAAAGUUAGAGAAAGAUAAGAGCCCCAAUAUAAAUGUAAUUUGGACAUAAAAUAUAGUUUACCUCAUAAAUAUAUACCUACAAUUCUUUAAAAAGAUAAACCAAACAUAAAUUUGUAUAUUAAUAACUUUCAAACCACAAUUAAAUUUUAUUUGUUUCAUUGCAACAAUAUAAAUGGAGACAAGUAUUUACUUUGAGAUGUAUAUCACCCUCCAAACAUUUUAGAAAGUUUUAUAUUUUAAACACAGUUAUGUAUUCAAAAAGCCAAUGUGGGUUGGUUCGUCCUGUAGAAUAAAAUCAAACAAUUAUUUUCUUAUCCCAAAAAUUUUCAUCCAGUCUGCUACACAUGGUUAUGAGCAAGUCUACUAAUAUGUAAUAUCCUCAAAUUUGAAUAAUUGUAAAUUAGUAGUUUGCGCAACGAUCGAAUAAGGAUAGUGGUGUCACGAGUAGAAAAUUUAACUUUUAUGAGUGUCGUUAACACUAGAGUUGUGUAGCCUACACUGCUUAACCUACGACCGGUUUUUAAUUACUAAUAAUUACUACUCAAAACUAAGAAGGAUGAUGUUUUCUUCCAUAACAAUAACAUGAGAAUUUUAAAUUAACAAUUUUUUUACUAUCUCCGUAACCGUUAGGCAUGCAACAACGCUUCAACAUACCAAAAUUAUUUCUUUUUUUAAGCUCUACAAAAUGGUUUGAAGAGAAAUUAUAAAUUUUGUGUUUUAAGGGUCAAAAAUGGGAAAACUCAAUUUUUACUCCAUAAAACCCCCUAUAAACCCCCGUUCCCAUAAUCUAAUUAUGCUGGUUCGUGAACUUCUUCAAAUAAACGUAGGUUUACACAUUUGUACCAAAUUUCAUCAAAAUCGGUAAAUCGGAUUAUUUUUGCUCAAGUUAUCGUGCUAACGGACACAUAUACAUAUAUAUUAUACAGACCUACAUAUAUAUGAAUUUGAAAGGAUGGUGUUUUUGGCCUCUGGGGACCUCAAAACGAAAAAGUAAAUCGGUCACGGGUCUAGGUCUUACCAUGAGACCUACGGUAAUAGCUUAUUCCUAUUAUGGGAAAUUCGCUAAAACUCAGUAAAAUAUGGGUCGUAGGUAAAAUAAUUAGCACUUCAUAAAGCUUAAUUCAUUGCAAGGCAUUGAACAAAAAUACUUUUUAGAAUACAAUUUUUACUUUCUCUCCCUAUACAUUGGUAUAUGAAGGAAGUAUAAUUGUAACCAUUUUUGAGAUGGAUUAACAAUGGUUUCAUAUUAUUUGGUAUGAAGGUGCCGGUACUAAUCAUCUCUAGUUGAUUUAAAAUUUGUUUAAUUAUUAAAAUGGUGAUGUUAUUUACCGAUGUUGAAAUACCAAUUAGUUGAUACAAAAAAAAUUGUGAAUAAAUCAAUAUGUUUAAUCAUUUUGCAAAAAUAAACAGAAAACGCAAAUUUUGCCCAAUAGGGUAAAUAUUAUUUUUGAGUUUACAGCUUCGAGACAGAAAUUAUGGCCCAAUUCAUAAGCAGAUUGUUGCCAUUUAUUUAAUAACCUAGUAUUUAGACAGAGACUGUGUAUUCACUCUUCUCUUAAGUGUUUGAUUGAAGUUACUAUUGAAUAUUUACAUCAAACACCAAUAUAUUAUUCCUAAAGAUCAUGUGUAAUGCAUAUUGACAACGACUUUGUAACUUCUCUUGAUAAACUAAUAUUGUUAUUAAUGUAGUUGUUAUUCUUUUUUGAUAAUCUGUAUAAUAUAAAUUAUUCCUAAACAAAUUACUUACAAUUUGCACGAAGGUUUUAUUAAGUUAACUAUUUAUUUUACUAAUAAGUAUUUGUUAACUAAUAUUUUUGUAAUUAAAAUCUUUGUAAUAUAAAACUGGUUAGAUGGGUUUGAAAGUUCCAUUGAUAGAUAAAAUUUGUGUUAGUAUUUUGUAUAUCGUUAUUAAUCCAUUUCCUCAUUCAAAGUUUCUCUUGACCAAUCCAGCAAAAUCUUAACCUUUUUUAAACCCAUUAUUUCAUUUAUACAGGUAACUUUACUUUUACUGUCAACUUUGGCAUCUAAAGAGUACUAAAGAACAUUGUGUGUUCAAAUAAUGUGAAAGCCUUUACAAUGGCUUACUUCUCAAACAUUUGUCACAAACCUAAACUUCACAAAACAUUUUAAAUUCUUAUAAAACUACUAGAAUAGUAACUUCAACAUGUAAUUUCUACCAAACACUAUGAAUUACUGUUCGUGUGUAGAGUGAUUGUUGUAGUAUUCUACAUGUGGAUAUCAUAUAAUCGCAAUAGAUGUACGAAACCGAUUUAUACAGAGUAGCUGAAAUUCUGAAAUCAGCCUUUUUACUAUUUAAUAUAAAUAUAUUUACAUGUUAGAUUGUGACAAUGCAGUCUAUUCUACAUGAACAAAUCCUUAAGUAUAAAAGAGUGUAUUGUUGGACUGAACAUAAUUGAUUUCAGCUUUAGUGCUUUAAAGUGUGAAUUCACUAAGUAUGCAAGAUGUCCUUGGCCUUAAAAACAAAUGUAACACCAAACAUGAGUUGUCAACGACUAUGUUAUUCUUUUAGUUGUAACUAAAAUGAUUUCUAUUGAUGUUUUCUAUAGUGAUCGGCAGAGCACAGUUUGUAAAAAAACAAGGUGCCGGAACUGUAAUGUAUUUAUAAUGUGAUCAGUACAUAUAUAUACUUAUCAAUUUAUUAAUUAUGUACUUAUUUAUGCCAAUAUUUUUAUCUUUCCGAAAGAGAGGUACCGGAUUUCCGUUCCACUGCAAAUCGAGCACUGGCUGGUUAUCAGAAAAUUUCUAAAAAACAGUAAAAAUCUAAAUCAUUUAAAUUUACCAACAUUAUCAGGUAGAAUAGACUGAAAGUAUUCUAAAUGUUAAGACAACCUCUACAAUGCAAUAACUAUCGCCUUAAACUAUGAAUAAACUAAUACAUUUGUGUUUGAAUCAUCAUCAUAUCUGAGGUCAAUUUCUGAGAUACACGAUGAUCAUCGCUCUAUUUUAUUGUGUAUGUGGUUUAAAUUGUUCAACCAAAGCAAAGUUGAAGCAUUUACUGUUUCUAAUGUUGAAUGUACUUUGUCUUUCAAUAACUUAUUUCCACUGGUAAUUUUAGAUUAAUUUGUUACACAAUACAGUACUUAAAUGGAUCAUCACAUUUUUUAGUGCCUAACUCUUACAAUAAGAAAAUUGAUCAUUUAGAUGAUUAAAAUAUAACACACUGUACUAAUGUAUUUUUAUGAACCUAUUAUUAUAGUCUAUGGACACCGGUACUGAAGAAUACAUGACAUCUACUGUACUGUACAUGGACCAGCCAUAGCCAUUUUUUUGCUAAGAGACCAUAGUUGGACGAGCCUUUCAUUAAAUUCACUCCUAUUGAAGUUCUCUUUUAUCUUUUGGAUUGAGACUGCUAAAUAAUAAUAUUUAUCAUAGAUGGAACAUAACAUUUAUUUUCCUUCAAAAACGAAUGCUGCUAUAGUUAACAUAACUACUAAAUGUUCGGCUUUAAGUUCCGCAUGGUUUAAAUCUUGGAGUAAAGAAAGAAAAUUGUGUUUUACGGUGAACACUCUUUGGUGGCUCAAUGAAUUAAGCUCUUUUUACAAAAAAAAUUGCUACUACUUAAAACAAGGGAAUAGAAUAUCUAUACUUAACCGCAGUGUAUGUUUAGUAAAAAAAAUUAUCAAUUCAGCAAUAAUAUAUCUCAUUGUUGGGUUGUAAUUCUGUUCCUAACAACUUUAUAAGUGUAUUACUGUUUCAUAAACUACUUCUUUUGUGUAUUAAAUUUGGCAAAAACUAAAUCAAAAGUUUCCAAAAAUUCUGUAACCAUACAGUGGCGGUUCCAGGGGUUUAAAGCCCCCUCCAUUGGAUUCUGGAAAAUAGAUAUCAAAUACAAAAUUGUCCUAAAAAUGAACUGAGAUUAUUGAACAUAGUUUAGACGUUAAAAUGGCUUAAGAAAGCCAUCGAACCGCUUAAAAAUACCAAACUUUGCUGGGGAGAACCCCUGGACCAUUCUCUUUCUUAGUAGGUGUGGAACACCCCCCACUUGACAAGGUCCUGGAACCGCCACUGACUAUACGUACAGUGUGCAUCUUACAUGGAAUGUCAAUUUGCCACAAUACUUUCGCCGAAUUAAUUUACUGAUUGUAAAUAUAAUUAUGUUAACCAUCAUAUCAUUUACCUUAUCACUAUAGAAGCUAGUUUUUUACUCUUCACGACCAUAUUGAAAAAUAUUGUUGUAAAUACUAUAUCAGAUAUUUUCCCUGAUGUAUAAU